CCCGUACGUACCAUGGCGUCCACGGAGGAGGACGGCUCGGUUGAAGAGAAAGAAAACAACAACAAGAAGAGGACGAAAAGUGCCAUCGCUGUCGCAUGGCUUACAUUUUACAACAUCGCCAUGACGGCCGGGUGGCUGGUUUUGGCUAUGGCAAUGAUGCGCUUCUACAUCCAGAAAGGCACACACAAGGGUCUGUACAAAAGUAUAGCAAGGACACUCAAGUUUUUCCAGACCAUUGCGUUAGUUGAGGUGGUGCAUUGUGCAAUCGGAAUCGUGAGGACCUCUGUAAUUGUGACCGGGGUUCAAGUAUGUUCACGAAUCUUCAUGGUGUGGUUCAUCACCAACAGCAUCAAACAGAUCCAGAACGAAGAAAGUGUAAUCCUCUUCUUGGCCGUUUGGACGUUUACAGAGAUUACCAGAUAUUCCUUCUAUACAUUCAAUCUGCUCAACCACCUGCCAUACUUCAUCAAAUGGGCCAGAUACAACAUGUUUAUCAUCAUGUACCCUCUCGGAGUGGCCGGAGAACUCCUGACCAUUUACACUGCUCUGCCAUAUGUUCGCAAAACCGGAAUGUUGUCCAUGAGGCUCCCCAACAAGUAUAACGUCUCCUUUGACUACUACUACUUCCUCAUUAUCGUCAUGCUCUCCUAUAUCCCAUUGUUCCCACAGCUCUACUUCCACAUGCUCCGUCAGAGGAGAAAGGUGCUUCUUGGGGAGAUCAUAGUAGAGAAGGAUGAGUAGAACCGCCUCAGUCCAGCACCUGGCGUUCGUUUUGGGACAGCGAGUGUGCACAGCUCCCCUGCCGCCACAUCCAUUCACCUUUGGUACCGCGCUCCACCGCACCCCACAUGCAACAAAAUGGACCGGGAGAGUCAGACGAAUACUAACAUCGCCGGAAAAGCCAUGUAAUAAUCACGGAAAAAGAAUUAAACAUCACAGUCACCACAAUAACCCAACUGGACUAAAUACAGUGCUGCGAGAGAAAUCAUAACCCAACAGGAAUAACAGUCAUCAGAAUCAUCACUGAAUCAGUCAUCACCAAACUCAUCAAUCAACGAGAGGAAUCAUUACAGAACUGGAAUAGUCAUCAUUGUGGAAAGAAUGAAUAAAUAUCAUCUCUAGCCGGAAUCAUUAUCAUCGCAAAACUGGAACAUAAUGCUGCGCACCCAUCAUUGUGGGUUCCACUGUGUCUUCACUGUCCAGGUGUAGAGAUCUAGAUCCCCAGAAAGAGAAAGCACUGAAUCCACCAGCCAGCGUGGCCACAGCAUACUGCACUGAAACCCUGCAACCUGAUAGCAUAAUACUGCACUGAUUACCUUCUACACCUGCUAAAAACAUAAUACUGCACUGAUUACCUUCUACACCUGCUAAAAACAUAAUACUACACUGAUUACCUUCUACACCUGCUAAAAACAUAAUACUGCACUGAUUACCUUCUACACCUGCUAAAAACAUAAUACUACACUGAUUACCUUCUACACCUGCUAAAAACAUAAUACUGGAAGGCGCCUGCUGUGCAUUGAGUCAACCACACAGCAGAUACAAACUGCACCCACCUUCAGUGCAAGAUAGAGGAAGUUCAAGGGAACCAGGAAGUGGUGAUAUGGAAGAAUGGAGGAGGAGAGAUGAUCGUUGAGUCCCCUGAGCAGUUUUUUUUCUCAAUCGGCUAUUUAUUUUUUUCAGAAUUUAUAAGCGUUUUCCACCACAGUGAUUUUAUACGUAAAUAGCGUGUGGCAACAAUGACUAGACAGAAGCUAAAAAAAAAUAUAAACAAUUAUGCGUAGACGUAUUAUACCUCGACAAUAAACAGACAUUUUGGUAAUAUGCUGCUUCCUUGGUUUAUGUGUGUUGUACUUUAUUUGUAAACAAUGUGAAACAGCAACAUUAGUAGGCUAUUUUAUGCACAGAUCGGAUCAUUUGAAGAAUUACUUAAUUUAUUCACAUAUCACCUGGUUGGCAAUAUUAUAUGCUUUGUAAGGCAGUAAUACACUUGUAUUGAAUGUUAUUAGUACUUUAGGUGUACCUGAGACUGCUCAAACAUGUUAAACUUGUUUUCCUAAUGUUCUCUCCAUGUUGCUUUAAUGUUUACCAAGAGCUCAGUCAAAUGUAUUUACAAGUGUGCAUCUUAAACAAGGUUACAACUACAGAAAAGCGCUUGUUUUUUAAAAAGUUCAAGCCAACUUAGAAAACAGAAGAUAAGAGAGAAAUUAUUUCUGAGCUCUCACAGUCUUCAGUUAGUCACUGUUUUGUUCUUUAUGUUUAAAAAUCUGUGUUCAGGAUCCCAUUGUCCUGGUUGGUAUUGUACUGGUCGUUAGUGUUAGAUUCCCUCUACUAAAAGGUGCUACUGUGUCAGAUCGUUUCAAACUUCUGUGCAGCUGAAGGAGAAACCGGAAAUUGGGAUGGAGAUAGGAACGGAAAACAGAAUGUGAAAUGUUUUGGGGAAAAGAUGUACAACUUGACAUGUUCAUCGAAUUGUAUGCACUGUGAUAUCGGGCCCCGUGCUACAGUGUACUGAAUUAAUUGACAUAAUGCUAUGAAUCAGGGUUAGACAAGAAAGAAACAAUAAAACU